AUUGAUAUUUGGGUUAUGUAAUCUCCUUCCUGUAGGAAUUUUGAGUCUUAUAUGUGAUGUUUUGAGUCUAUAAUCUGAAAAAGAUUAAAUCUUUCAAUAGUUUUUAGCUUCUUGAUUUGGUUAUUGGUGUUGUCAAACCUUGUUUUCUUCAUCUGUUUUUACCCCAUUUGUUGGUAUAUGCUAAUAAUACAGAGAGGUGAAGAGGACUAAUAAAGGUUGUAUGAAAUGACUUGAUUUCUUGAAUUAGAUAUUGAAAAGCUACUUGAAUCCGACGCUUACAGUUCUUAUUUGUACAUGAACUUGCUUAUUUGUUGUCCUUUUGCAGCAAAACGUCGUAGAAUAAGAACAUUAGGAUUGCUUUCAUUGAGGAUCAGUCAAUUUUCUUGGUCUUAUGAACAAAUCCAUUUUCCAUGUGGAAGCGUUCUAAUGGUCAGAUGGUCAGAUCCUGUUGAAAUGCUUGUCACAUUAGGAUGAAAGUUGUUCUAAGAAGUGGCGCGUGAUAGAUUAUAAGGCGCAUUCUUCACAUUCGUUAUAGCGGAGAAUGGAAGAACAUCGAUUUUGAUAUCUCAAAUGAUAGAGAUGCAUUGAUCUGAGCAUCUAUUUUCUCGUUCCAAGUACCUCCAAUUCCUGUGAUUAAAGACUAUAUUACAAGAUUCCAUGCACAAUGAAUUCUUCAACAUACACUCAGUUCGUUGCCUCAGGAAGGAUGGGUAUAUGCGAUCCGAUGCAUCAAAUGGGCAUGUGGGAUGAUUUCAAUAGUAGUUGCCCUAAUACAGCGGCAACCAUGAUUUUUGAAGUUGAGAAAUGCCUGGAGGACCAGAUACCGAUGAUGGAUAAAAGACUAGACAAUGAGACAGAAGAUACUUCGCAUGGAACAGUAGGGCCUUCUAGUAGAUAUGAAGCCGAAACAAGUAAACCGAUCGAGAAGGUACUUAGACGUCUUGCACAAAACCGUGAGGCUGCUCGUAAAAGCCGUUUGCGGAAGAAGGCCUAUGUUCAGCAGUUAGAAAAUAGUAAAUUGAAGCUGAUUCAAUUGGAACAAGAACUAGACCGGGCCAGAAAACAGGGUCUGUAUGUAGGUGGCGGUUUAGAUGCUAGCCAGCUAAGUUACUCUGGAGCUGCUAGCUCAGGAACUGCUGCAUUUGACACGGAUUAUGGUCACUGGGUGGAAGAGCAAAAUAGACAAACAAAUGAUUUACGGAAUGCUCUGCAUUCUCAAAUUGGUGAAGCGGAAUUGCGCAUUAUUGUUGACGGUUGCCUGAACCACUACUUUGAUCUCUUUCGCGUGAAAGCUACGGCUGCUAAAGCUGAUGUCCUAUAUAUCAUGUCUGGCAUGUGGAAGACAUCAGCAGAACGCUUUUUUAUGUGGAUUGGGGGGUUUCGGCCAUCCGAGCUUCUAAAGGUUCUCACACCACAUCUCGAACUCUUGACAGAACAACAACUUCGGGAGGUUUGUAACCUCACCCAAUCGUGUCAGCAAGCAGAAGAUGCCUUGUCGCAAGGAAUGGUAAAACUCCAUCAGAUUCUUGCUGAGGCCGUUGCAGCUGGCCGACUAGGUGAAGGAAAUUACUCUCUUCCGCAGAUGGGGCCUGCCAUCGAAAAGCUGGAAGCUCUUGUUAGGUUCGUAAAUCAGGCAGAUCAUCUUCGCCAAGAAACACUCCAACAGAUGUCCCGCAUCCUGAAUACGCACCAAGCAGCUCAGGGCUUACUUGCCUUGGGUGAGUACUUCGAACGACUUCGCGUUUUAAGCUCACACUGGGCUGCUCGUCUUCGUGAGCCUGCAUAAUGAAGCCCGAGAAGAUCCUUUAUAGACCAUUCUAGGAGUUUUGCCUUCAGAAAUGAUACUGUGUAGUGUAAGCUAAAAUCUACCACCUGUUCGAUAAAUCUUCUCAAUAUGAAUAUAUUAGUUGUACAUAUCCUCUGCUGUACCGUGACAUGGAACAUCGCAAUUGCAUUUUUCUUUCAUUCACAUUGGUUUGGCUACUGUAAACCAAAAGGUCUGGAGGGGAUCUCGAAUUACCUGUCCAAUGUCCGAGCAAAGCUCACAUAAAUAUUUUAUGAUUUUUCCUCUGAUUCAAGAGUCUAUAGUGGUAUUACGUUACCGAGCAACUUUUGAACGUGUUGGAGAUGAGAAAUUGCUGUAAAUAACAUACGUUGCGGAACAAUGGCAUUGCCAAUAUCAUGUUGUGAUUUCUCAUGAGAAUUAUGAAUUUUAAAGA